UCUUAACUUUCAAAACACACAAUGGAAAAGCCAAAAAACAAUUCAUUGGUUCUCGAACUCACAAUCAUAUCCGCCGAAUCCCUUUCACUUACCAAAACACGUCCGGUGAAGAAAAACGUGUUUGUCAUCAUCAAAACAGACUCCAACAACAGUCAGACCACCACCAUGGAUACUGAAAACGGGUCUUAUCCUUCAUGGAAUCAGAAGUUCUUGACAGAAAUGUCAAUGCAUGCGAAAUUUUUCACGUUAGAAGUUCAUUGCAACAACUUUUCAGGUGAUCGUGUUGUUGGGUCGGCUAGGGUUCCGGUGUCAGAUUUUAGUAAUGGAUAUUUACCGAGUGAUUAUUUGCAUUUUUUAAGCUAUAGGUUGAGAGACAGAUAUGGCGAACGUAAUGGGAUAAUUAAUUUAUCUGUUAAGGUUAAGUCGUCAAGUAAUAUUGCUAACAACAGUAUUAGCAGUAUUCCAACGACUUACUCCUUAAAGACAAACGGGUGGAAUUACGGGGCCACCAUGGGUCAAAAUGUAACUCAUGGGGUGGCGAUUGGUGUUCCUAUUCGAAAUAGAUAUUAAAUGUGGUCAUACUUAUCAGUGGAUUUAUAGCAACCAUCAAUAUAUUUUUUAUUCGUUACAUUUUUUUUUUUUUUGUCAUAUGCAAAAGUAAAAGAAACUGCUAAAUACAAUAUACAACAACCCACUUUCAUUUA